AUACAAAUGUCUGAUAAACUAUUAAUUAAGGAAAAAGAAUUAUAUCGAUUAAAUAAAGCAUUAGAAAUAAAAACGCGUCAUGUUUUGGAGGAAAUCAAAUCUAUUACGGACCGACGGAUUCAUGAUAACUCGUCUAGACAAAAUAAUGAUACACAUAAUACUACAGAUAGGAAUAAAAGGAAUUCAGAAUAUUCAAUGAAUACAAAUAAUAAAUUACUGCAAAAUAUUACGAUCGAAAGGAAUCCUGUUUCAUUGGAUACUUUAACAGAAGGUACAUCGAAUUUAUCCAAACAAAAUUUUGAAAAUUUCCGAAAUCAAAAUGGAGCCAAUAAAGUUAAUGAGAUUGUUUUAUAUGAAGGAAAUAGUCCAGAGAAUAAAGCUCUCAUUAAUUUUCUCAAAUCCAAAAUAGAUAUGCUGUAUAAUGAAUUAAAAGUGAUUCAAGUUGAAUAUAAAAAUAAGGUUAAUGAUUGUGAGAGAUUGGAAGGUGAAAAUAAAAAGCUUGAUUGUUGCAAGUUAAAAUUGCAUAAUCAAGUAGCAUCACUGAAAGAAACAGUUACAAAACUUGAAAAUAAUAAUUCUAAUUUACAUGAGCAAAAUUUAGCUUCGAAUACUGAAAAUUCAAAUUUAAAAAAGGAUAUAGAAGGACUAAGAAAAGAAAUCAAAACUUUAAAUAAUCAAUUAAAUAAUUAUGAUUUACGAUUAAAUAGAUCUUUAGAAGAAAAUGAAAAACUAAAAAAUACUAUUAAGUUUAAUCAUUUUGAAGAAAAAGAAUUACGAGAUCAAAUCAGAAAACUUCAAGAAGAUAAAAGACAAGGAAUAAAACAUUUAGAAAAACAACGAUUAGAAUUACUUCAAGCAUUCAAAAAGCAAUUAUUGCUUAUAGAUAAUUUGAAGAAACAAAAUGCAUUUAUGACAGCAGUCGAGCAUAUGCAACUUGUAGAAGAAGAUUUUUCUAAGCUUCUAUUGUGGAAACCAAAUAACUUGUAAAACUGGUAAAGUACAAAAUUAGAUUAUUGAUGAUGUUACUCUGCAGAUUUGUAUCAAAUACUUAGAAGUUGUAACAUUGUCAUUCUAUAUUUUUAAUAGUAUUUAUACAGUACAAUGAAGCCAUAUAAUUGUUAUAAGCAAUUUAUACUUUUUGUAAU